AUGUCCAGGACCCCUGCUACAAUUAGUUCGCCACUUCCACUAUCCCCUCCUCCCUCUCCUCCCCCCAAGGGGUGUGAGUUGUUGAGGGAAAACGUUUACGAGGCAGGACGCCGUCAUGACGUUGACGAGGUUCGCAAGCGACGGAGGCCCACGAUGGCAGGUCACAAGGAGCGCCUUGUAGACCCGCCGGCUGGGACGAAUAAAAAGUAUACCGUGGUUUUGGAUCUGGAUGAAACCGUGGUGUAUGCGCGCGAGGGUCCUUUGUAUGCUCGAGCGUAUCUAAGGGAGUUGCUUCGCUCCAUAAAGGACGUCUUUGAGGUCAUUGUUUGGACGGCGGGGGAGCGGGAGUACGCUAAAAAUAUACUGGAGGAAAUCAACCAGGAACACAUUAUUCAGCACUUGAUAUAUCGUCACGGGGCGUGGUUUCGCAGCGAGGACUACACCAAAGACCUAAAAAAGCUGGGGCGCAACAUUGACUACGUAAUUAUCGUUGAGAAUACCCCAGACUGCGUCCGGGCGAAUCCGCAAAACGGCAUUAUUGUAGAGGAUUUUGAGGUGCCGUGCACACCACCACUGGAAUCCCAGGAGAGAGAAGCGACCACGCAAGGGGCGAGCACAGCACCUCCCCCUUCACCUCCUCUUGCAUCACCGCCCCUUCAUUCACCGCAUCGGUCUCCGUCAAGCCCACACACACCAUCCUUGUCGCCAGCGAAGCAGAAGCGUCAAUUCACGGAUCGCACCCUUCUCUUGCUUCAGGAGGUGCUGCUGGCGUUGGCUGAAAGUGGUGAAACAGUCCCCACAUUUCUUGCCAAAUGUCCAUUACUGACCCAACAGGAGGUUUUAGGGUCGGAUGGGCAAAGUAUUCCGACCUAUUAUCUGGGAAAGCGACGCAAACGUGGAGCUCCUUCCUCAUUAUCGCCGCGGAAAUGCGUCACUCGCAGCACUACUGCGUCCCAGAGUAGUGGUGAAGAAAAGGAGGUGCAAAACAAUCGCCGAAUGCGUGGGAAGAAACGCCUUUGA